AUGGAGGACUCCGAGCGGCGACCCAAACGUUCUCGUUUCGACCAGACGGAGCCUGAGCCCAGGCGAGCCUCGAGAUUUGACAGGCGCUCUCGAUCCCCACCCACGCGCCGCCAUGAAGGGAGAGAUCGCAGUCCCCUUUCCAAGGAGGAUGAUUCCGAGACAAAGAAGCCCCCGGUAGACGCCGCCGCGGCUGCUGCCGCUGCUGCUGCCAAGAUCAACGCCCAGUUGCAAGCACGAAAAGCUCCUCAGCAUGUCGACGUCCCGCCGAUCAAGUCUGCUAGCGGAGAGUCUGCAGCAUCAGGCGAACAUGAGAUGAAGCCUGAGAUGUAUGUUGCCGAUGGCGACUACAUCCAAGACAUCGAGGUCAACGACUUGCGAAACCGAUACCUGCUCACCAAGGGCUCUACCCAAGAAAUGAUCCGAAAUGAUACUGGCGCCGACGUUACGACUCGUGGCAGCUACUACCCCAACAAGAGCAUGGCAACCGCAGCGAACCCCCCUCUAUAUCUUCAUAUUACGAGUACAUCUAAGGAAGGGCUUGAAGCUGCCGUGGCGAAAAUUAAUGAUCUCAUCAAGCAAGAGCUUCCUCAACUGGUUGAUGAGCGGCGAUUUCGGCGUCGAGACCAGGAGCAGCAGCCCCAAGUUGAACGAGACGAAUAUGGACGAAGGAAAUGGCCCGAGGAGAAGAUUCCCAUUGACCUUGAGCCUGUUCAUGGCUUCAACCUCCGUGCUCAAGUAGUCGGUCACGGCGGUGCCUAUGUGAAGCAUAUCCAGCAAGAAACCGGAUGCCGUGUUCAAAUCAAAGGCCGAGGCUCGGGCUACCUUGAAGCGUCUACUAACCAUGAAAGCGAUGAAGCCAUGUUCCUCCAUGUCACCGGACCGGACCCAAAUAUGGUUACCAAGGCCAAAGAGCUUUGCGAAGACUUGAUUGCCAAUGUCAAGGAACAGUAUGAGGAAUUCAGGGCCCGGCCACCUCGCUACAAUAAUGACCGUGGCGGAUAUGGUGAUCAUCACCACCGGGGAUCCCACGACAGGUCGCAUGGUGGCUCCCACAACAACUCAUACUCUUCGUACAACAGAUAUAACUCAGAUAGCGGCGCAACCAACAGCCCUGCUCCGGCAGCCAACGCCACUCCAAAUGCCGCCGACUAUGCCGCACAGUAUGCUCAAUAUUACAACGGCGCUGAUCCCUACGCUGCCUGGGGAGGAUAUGCUAACUAUGUCGCCUUGUAUCAACAGUAUUAUGGAGGUCAGACUCAAGCACCCGGUCAGAGCUCACAUGCUGCAGGAGCCCCAGGUCAAUCCGCUUCUCCGCCGCCGCCUCCUCCCCCUGCCGAAGCGGCUCCUCCUCCUCCCCCUCCCCCAAGCUCUGCACCACCUCCUCCACCACCAUCCGGGCCUCCUCCUCCUGGUGGAAGCUUCAGCGCUGUAAAAAUGAGCCAUCAAGCGUAUCCUUCUCACGAUCCUAUAAAGGAGCCGCACUCGGUCUCUGUCAAAGUGCUCAGGCUCUCUCAGCCAUCGCUCGUAACGCAGUAUCCGAUAGAUCCUCCAUUCUCUCCUCCCAACACCAAAUCGCAGCCGGCACCCGCCUCACUCGCAUACUCUGGCUCAAAUACGAACCCAGAGCCUUUCCUGCUCAGCCCGAUCCUCAACCUGCCGGUAUCGUUCGGCUCGGCCUACGUGGGCGAAACGUUUAGCUGCACCCUUUGCGCCAACAAUGAUCUCCCCCCUGAUGCGGCGAAGCGCAUACGUGAUGUUCGCAUCGAGGCUGAGAUGAAGACCCCUGGCCUGGGAGGCACCCAGAAGCUUGAACUCGGUCCUGCGAACAUACACGGUGCGGCGCCCGCAGGAGGGGUGGAUCUUGAGCCGGGAGGAACGCUACAGAAGAUUGUUGGCUUUGAUUUAAAGGAAGAAGGCAAUCAUGUGUUGGCCGUGACGGUGAGCUACUCUGAGGCUACGGAGACGAGUGGGCGGACGCGGACCUUUAGGAAGCUAUAUCAGUUUAUAUGCAAGGCGUCCUUGAUCGUGAGGACCAAGGUCAGCAGCCUCAACUCGGAUACGAGCAACAUCAAGAAAUGGAUCCUCGAGGCGCAGCUCGAAAACUGCAGCGAGGACGUGAUACAGCUUGAAAAAGUGGUGCUGGACACGGAGGAGGGCCUGGGCUAUCACGACUGCAACUGGAGCUCGGACGGGGACAAGAAGCCGGUGUUGCACCCGGGCGAGAUUGAGCAGGUUUGCUUCCUGGUGCAGGAGAAGGGUGCAGACAAUGGCCCACGGCUGACGGCGGACGGAAGAAUGAUCUUUGGUGUAUUGGGCAUUGGGUGGAGGGGCGAGAUGGGAUGCCGCGGGUUUUUGUCAACAGGCAAGCUUGGUGCUCGGGUUGCCGUUCGAUGA